AUGGCUAAAAAGGAAGAGGAAUCUGUUUAUACUGAGGUGAAGGUGAAGAAAGAACCAGCUCAAGCUAUAAAAGAGGAGGAGACCAUUUCUAAAGUGCAGGUGGACAAAGAACCAGCUCAGGUUCCAAAGAAGGACGAGGAGACUGUGUAUGAUGAAGUGAAGAUCCAGAGUGAAGCAACAGAAAAAACUUACACAAACUCCAAAAAGGAGAAGGAGAUUGUGUACGAUGAACUCAAAACGUGCUGUGAAAGAGCGGAAAGCACACAUGACACAAAUGCCCUAGCAGUGCUGUUGCCUGAUAAGGAAGAAGAGGCCAUGCUUCGAGUCUAUAAGCAGGCGGCCUGGUGUUUUGGGAUUCUGUUUGUCAGUUUGCUGUUGGGAGUCAUAGCAGUCGGAGUCUAUGUCACAUUCAUUCCUGCGCAUGAUGUAAGUGAGCUGGACCGGCUGAAAACCAACCAAACGGCUCUUCUGGGGGAAAAUAACAACCUGACAAACAUCAAUAACAAACUCAUAUCAGAGUUAGAAAACUUGAGGGAGGGUCACACCAAUCUGACCGUUGAGUUUAAAAACCUCUCUGAAGCAUUUAAUGUCUCAGAAAGUAGAAUUUUAAACCUGACAGGAGAAACACAGAGACUUACAAAUCAAAACCAGGAGCUGGAGUCAGAGAAGAGAAACCUUACAGAGCAAAUACAAAACCUGGAGAACAGGUGGAUCGAGCAGAACGUCAGCCGUGCUCAAUGGAGCAUCAAUGCAUACUGUACCAAGGGCUAUUAUGGAUACACAUGCAAACCUUGUCAAGACGGGUGGCUUCAUAAAGACUCCAGCUGUUAUGCCAUAAACGAUGCCUGGAAUACUAGGAAAACCUGGAAAGAAGCUCGUGAAGACUGCCGACGCAAGAAUGCAGAUCUCGUUCUGGUUUCCGAUGAAAGUGAGAAGACUUUUGUCAGUCAGAAAAGUUGGUCCAGCUCAGGGAAUGAUGGAUACUGGAUUGGCCUGAAAGCAGAAGGCAACAAAUGGAAGUGGGUUGAUGGAAGUAAUGAGACUAAUGAGAACUGGAUUCAGUCAAAACCAAAUGACAAUCAGUGUGUUAUAUCUGUUAUGUACAGUGGAUGGAAAUCAGUGGACUGCAGUGCAAAUCAACGGUAUAUCUGUGAAAAGAAGGCUUUGUCUGUUUAAACCACAAAAGCAAAUAAAAAAGGUUAAGAAAAAGUCUAAA